AUGGCAACGAUCAUAAGGGCAAGAAUCUCAGAAAUAGAAUUUGCAGAGGCAAAUAAAAUAGAUGAACAGAAGCAGCCAAUCACAGACAAAAGAAAUAGUAUUGAGAAUAGAAAUCUGUACACAAGAAGGAUUACCUGGAGGCCGCCAAUAGGAGACAGGCUCAAAGCGAAUGUUGAUGGAGCUUUCAGGAAGAAAACCGAAGAGGGUGCAAUAGCUUUGGUAAUCAGAAAUAAUGAAGGAAAAGUAGUAGCAGGAUCAGCUGAAACAGUCAGAGCAACAUCAAAUUUAUCAGUGGAAUCAAUGGCAUUAAGGAAUGCUCUUAUUCUAGCAAAAAAUUUACAAUUGGAAAAUAUCCUAUUUGAAUCGGAUAGUUUACCUUUCAUCCAAGCAGUGAAAGCGAAGAAAACUAUCGGUGAGAUAAAUCUGAUUCUAAGGGAUAUCUAUGUCCUGGUGGAGGGUAUAUCGAAUAGCGGUUUUACGUGGACACACAGGGAGGGCAAUCAACUAGCACACCAAGUGACAAGCCUUGCGAUAAACGGCAGACUUAAUCGUAAUUGGACCUGGGAUCAACCAGUGGAAAUUAGAGAGAUUGCAAGAAGAGAAGCACGGAGUACUUUCAAAUAG